GGGUUUACUCGUCUGUGCAAAAAUUGCUUCCGACAUGAAGGACAUGGCUCAAGGGAACGCAUACAUUCCGGACGAUUUUGAGGCGAGUGACUGUUUUGUGUUACCAGUGAAUGCCUUUGACAUCCCACGAUGUUAUGCUGACGAUCUGGCAGCUGUUGUUAUAACUGAAGGACUCAUUCGCGAUCGAGUCAGGCGAUUAGCAAAAGGUACACUCUCUGAAUUAUUCUUUACUCAACUUCGAGAAGAAAGGUGA